ACAUGGCACUCCUCUCCUUCUACAAGCGACCUAAUGUGGAAUGGGCACGACCCUUGCAUUGCAGACUUGAAGGUGACGUUGCCAUUGGAAAGGGUGUAACUCGCUUUUUCCUCUCAACUUGCAUUGAGAAGUUGAAGUCUGGGUUUUGCAUCAACUUUGCAAACACUGAUGUGACACGGCUGUUUGAUGGAGAGACAGACCAUUUGGUGCCGUCAGCCUCUCACUUCCUAGUUGAAAGUGAUAUGUUCGUCAUGGCAGGGAGAAUGAUGGGCCACUCCUUCUUUCAUGGUGGACCGUGCCUGUCUGGGCUCAGCCCUGCCUUAGCUCAUGUCCUGCUUGGAGGGGGUCCCGAAACUGCAACUGUAGCCCUAGAAGACUGUCCAGACCUGGACAUCCGGGAAACAAUCAGGCUUCUUCAAGGUGAAUCCAAACUCUCUGAGGAAGAGGCAAAAAGAGUACAGGACUUGGCCUAUGCCUGGGACCUCUUUUGCCUGUCUAAUAAUAACAGGAGAUGGCUUUUCGAGAAAAUGUUGAUCCAUGCUGUCAUUGGACGUGUCACAAGACAAAUUAAACAGCUGAGACGUGGUCUUAAAGAGACACAAAUGUGGACCGUGCUGACCAAACGACCUGACACAGUGGCCCUGCUUUUCCCUAAAGAGGGAGCAGUGGAUUACAGCCCUGAGGUACUUCUGAAGCGCAUUACCUGGCCUCAUCAUGAUGAAGAAGAUGAUGACAAUGAUUUUUCCGUUGACACCAUGUGCCACGUAUCAGGUUAUCUUCGACAGUUCAUUGAAAAUGCAUCACCGAAUGAAUUGAGAGAUCUGGUGAAAUUCUGGACUGGAUGGGAGAUUCUGCCAAGGACGAAUCUGUCCCUUGAGGUGGUCAAAGGCAGCUUCCCCACCGCCUCCACCUGUUACGAGACCCUGCGAAUCCCAGGGCAUUACAAAGACUAUGCAUCUUUUAAGAUUGACAUCCUAGCCUGUAUUGGCAGUUGCCAAACAGGAUUUGGUCUCAUCUAAUAUGUUGAUACAAACAGAUAUACACACUCGUACAGUUAGAGACGUACACACAAAAGAAGUUUACACCACAGUUUGUGUUAUGCAUGUCUGCAUGUUUCUUUGAUGCAUGAGCCAGUGAGUUAAGAUGCCUGGGUCACAUUGCAAAGUGCUUGUGCAGUUAUCUCUGAAAUAAAAAAUAAUA